AUGUCCAUCACAGGCAAUGCCAGAAAGCUCACUUUUGUCUCGAAGAACUUGGGAAAAGAUAUUGACUUAAUGCUCAUGUUCGAGCCUCCGAAACUGGGUGAACUAUAUACCGAUCUGUACCCUGUUUGCUGGAAGGUCCUUCAGUUCAGUGCCUCCAAUAUCAGCACCGCGGUUGCUUUGUAUACUGCCGACACAGCUUUUAUGAAAGAAGAUGAUUCCAACAUCGUGUCUGCUCUCAACGUACAGAAAUGCCAGGUGAGAGAACCGAACUACGACAAAUUUGCAUACCCUCAGUCUCAUUCUAUACAUUCAGGGUGGAGAGAUAUGCUCGUUGAUGACCAACACCAAGGGAAACAACUACCUUACUGCGCCAGGAGUAGGUACCCUGGGCUUAUUCAAUGCAAAAUCCAAUCUACCAAGCCAGCGGAUGUCGCAUUUGGAAUUGUUGGCAAAGAUCAGUCGGUUUCACCCAUUUUCAAAUGGAACGGACUCGCUGUCGACAGUAACCUGGCUGUCAAACUCAGCCCCGUACUGAAAAUCUAUGGUGUCAGCGACUACCAAUCCUCUGAGAUACUUAGAGGAGACGUAACCACGGAAGAGCUAUUUAACCAAGAUCUUACUAAACUACCUCACGAAUCCACCUGGAAUGUUGUCCGCGACCCUAGUAGCUUGCAGCUGAAGAUUGUGCGCGCCAAGUAA